AAAAACUGAUGCUUUCAGAAAAAUAUAAAAACAGCCUGAUAUUAAAAAAAAUACGAUAGUUUUUAAGUUGCAAUACUCAUCCCUUUGUUGUUAUACACAAUUAUUAAGUAAUGCAUUGGAAUGUUUUUUCUCGAGUUCGAUGAAAAACAAGUAGCUUUGAUACUGAGUCCUUUCCACUUUCUUUCUGUUAGUUUUGACCAUGGAUUCCGAAGAUUCCAAAGAAAUAAAGGUAGAGAAUAAUAAUGCACCUAUUUGCCGAUGUUGCUUAUCUACAGACCGGCGUAUGGACAAAAUUGAUGAUUUUUGCUACCUUCUUUUGGAUUUGGCUGGUAUUAUUGUGUCAGAAUCAGAUGGUCUUCCCAAAUAUGUAUGUUGGGAGUGCGGUGCAUUGCUUAGGAAAUCUGUGAGGUUCAAACAGAAAGUUUUACAAAUCCAUUCAGCUUUAUGCGAUUAUAAUAAUAGAUGUGCUCCUUUCUCAAUAGAUGGCCAAGACCCAGAGCUUACUCAAUACUCAAUGCCAUACUUAGUUAAAACACCCACACUGACUUUUUGUAACAAUCCAAAGAGUAAAGCUGGGUUUUAUGAUGUUUUGCAGCAUGAGACACAAAGACUGGACAUAGAGUUGUUACCUCUAGCGCAGGAUAUAAGUGCAGAUAUAAAACAUGAUAUAAUAAACAAAGAUAAUAUAAUUAGUGAUUUAAUCAAGAAUGAAAAUGUUCAGACUGAUAAUGAAGAAUAUUGUAUACCUGAUAAUGGUGAUAGAACAAAUGAUACAGAUGAUUCAAAUGAAAGUCUUUUAGAUCUUAAGAAGUUACGGGUGAGAAAGAGAGUGAAAAUUAAGAAUAAAGAAGACACAGCUGAAGUGAAGGUUACCCGUAGAGUAAAAAAUAGUAAACCGGACAUAGAUGAGACUAAGAUACGCAUUCUACGAUUAGAUCCAAUGGAACAGCUCAAACAGAGAGAGGAGGAAUGUAAAAAGACACUUACUUUCCCGUAUGUAUGUCAUUUGUGUUACAAAGGUUUCAUUUACGAGUCUAAACUACAAAAUCACAUGAAGAAACACAGUCCUUCACGUGGUUCGUACAAAUGCGAAAUAUGCUCUAUGUAUUUACCAACAAACUACAGUCUCUCCGUACAUAUGUUGAUACACACGCGGCGGUUCGAAUGCUUACAAUGCGGACGACAGAUGACCGACAAGGAUUCUAUUAUUAAUCAUUAUAGAACAGAACACGAAGGUAUAAUAUCCAUGUUCACGUGUCACGUCUGUGGAAAGAUAUUCAAUAAUUCUAAAACGCUCCGCGGCCACGUUCGUAAUCUUCACACACUGAAGCGGGUGAAAUGCGAUGAAUGCGACAAGACACUCAUCAACGCUGACGCAUUGGCUGAACAUAAAUUGAUCCACCAAGGCGUAAAGGAGCACGCGUGCGGUGUAUGCGGGAAGCGGUUUCGCACUAGACAACAGAUGAGGUACCAUCAGACGAGGCAUAGUGAUGCUAAGAAUUACUAUUGUGUGGAGUGUGAUAUUAGAUUUAAAACCUCGCAUGCGCUGAAUCAACAUCUCAAAAAGACUGCCAAACAUAUCGACGAACAAAGUCUUAUUCACCCGUGUCCCCGUUGUAGUAAGCGCUUCACAAACCUAUCAGAAUUGACUCACCAUCUCUCCGUCCAACACGACGGUGUUCGCGCCCACCGGUGUCCGACGUGUCCGGCUGCGCUCGCAACAAAAUCGUCCCUACAGAAACACGUGCGAAUGGUGCAUUCCGGUAUUAAGGUGCACGCGAAACACGUGUGCGACACGUGCGGACGUGUGUUUAAUGCAAAAAGCACUCUCACGAACCACAUCCGCACACACACGGGCGAAAAGCCAUUUGAGUGCGAGCAGUGCGGACGACAUUUCGCCCAACGAACUGCGCUCAAGACGCACGUCAAACUCGUGCAUCUGAAACUUCAUAGGAACGCUAAGAUUAAACCAAAACAACCUGAAGAUAUUAUAAAAUACAAAGAAGAGUCGCCAAUAGUUUUCGAAUGGCCGCGACAGAGCGCGUCUGGUUGCGAAUUCUUUACCGUAACAGCCGGACCGUAGGACCAAAACAUACAUUAUGUUGGAGAGAUAUCGUCACAUCGAUUUGGAUAUCGUCUUAGCUGGUUUAGUGGGCGUUAUGUGGGUAAACGUACAAAAUACACGAAUAAUCAUCGUACAAUAUUGAAUUUAGAUUGAUUCCUUCUAAUUCUUCAAAUAACUCUUUAUAUUAUAUUAUAACAAGCAGCGGGUUUAAAGGACCGAUCUCAUUUUAAUCACAAUCUACCAGACCCAACUCGGUCCAACCUCUCAACACCGCAAUUCUCCAAUGAAUACUCAAUCAGUACUGUUCUGCCUUCCUUGAACGCACCGUCAAAAGUCAAGCCUGGCGCCUAGACCCCACUCGAGGCAUUUGCCCUGCAUUGGUUGAAAGAACAACAUUCGUUAAGUAAUGAUUCCAAACUAUGAAACAAUAAAAUCAUUACCACGAGUAUGGAGACAUCGUGAGGAAGCUAAGUCCCUAGUGAUCAAAGAAACAAUGACACAAGAUCAAAGCCCAUAUAGGAUUGUGACGCCAUUAUUAUUUUAUGUUUAGCUACGUAAGUUAAAUGUUUAUGCGUCUGCGUUUAAUUAAGAUCGCUAAGAAAAUCGUAAUUGUUAAAAAAAAAUUGGAGUCUCCUGUAUACAGGAUAAUUUGCCAUAUAACAAAUUAUAUGGAAUGGUUCUCUUGACUGUAAAAUGGGCUGUUUCAACUAAAGUUACUGUUUUUUUACUAAAGAUCACAAUCAAACAUGCUGUGGUUCGGUCUACGUUUUACUUUAUCUUGUUUAUAAUGUCGACGGCGUUUUUCAGACACGGACCACCUUUUUGUUUAUUAAGAAAAAGAAAUGUUUAUGAAACAGAUAAAGAAAUCUGAGCCUCGAACUUAAAAGGUAGGUAGGUAGUUUUUUUUGUUUAGAAAUAGUAUUAAUCUUUCUUAGUCCCCAUUUCGUAUUUUAUUAGGAACAAAAAAGGUUUAAAGAUCUACAUACAAAAGUGCAGCUCUUUUAUCUAAAGCAUGAAAUUUAAAUGGGUAAAUGUAUUUUUAAGAUGUGUAUAUAAACUUUUAGUAAUCUGUGUGUGCUAAGUCGUAUUGUAUUUCUUUUUAUUAAAAAAGCCCCCUGCAUAAAUUUUGUUUAAUUUAAUUUCUAAGACAAUUGAGACUGUGAGAUUUGACUUGUUUUUCUUCUGUAAUGUUGUAUGAGUUAGUAUAGCUAAUAAAUAGUAUACAGGUGGUUUUUACAGCAUCUGAAUAUUCUAUAAUUUGAUUUCUUGUAACAUUCAUUUUAUUAGUUCAAUCAUUUCAUUUGGUGUCUUAAGUACUUAUGCUAUACAAAAAGGAUUAUUUGUAUCAAAUAAUGAGUUUGGUAUAACACCCAAAAUUAAUGAAAGCAAGCUAACCUGGGCCCCCUUCCUAUGGGUGUGACAAUAGUUGGUAUUCUUACCUUUCCUAUCUAAAAAGUUUUUUUUAAUUAGAUCCAGAAAGGUGUGUAUAAGAGGCUAUUAAGUAUUUUAGAUUACUUUUGAUAAAAUAAAAGAUUUGAAAAUA